CGUCCGGGCUGGCGGCGUGACUUCCGGGUGUCAGGCUGCCCGGGCGCCGCGGCCGCUGAGGAGAGGCUGUGUGGCCGGGGUGGCGGCGGGUUCCGGGGCGGGCUGGCCUUGUCCUGCCCCUGUGCGCGAUGCAUCCGCGGCGCCCGGACGGGUUCGACGGCUUGGGCUACCGGGGUGGGGCCCGGGACGAGCCGGGCUUCGGCGGCGCCUUUCCGGCGAGGUCCUUCAGGUCCGCGUCGGACCUGAGCCGCUGGGUGACCUCUCCCCCAGACAUCCCGGGGAGCCGCAACCUGCACUGGGCCGAGGAGAGCCCGCCCCGCGGCGCGCCCGCCCCCUGCACGCCGCCCGAGGGCCCGGCGGAGGGGCCCUGCCCCGGCGGCGCGGGGCGCAGCGGCGAGCAGUUGAAUAGAUUUGCUGGAUUUGGUAUUGGACUUGCAAGUCUUUUCACAGAAAACGUGCUGGCCCAUCCCUGCAUCGUUCUGCGCCGCCAGUGUCAGGUGAACUACCAUGCUCGGCACUACCAUCUCACCCCAUUUACAGUCAUCAAUAUUAUGUACAGCUUCAACAAAACCCAGGGACCAAGGGCCCUGUGGAAAGGAAUGGGAAGCACAUUUAUUGUGCAGGGAAUCACACUUGGAGCAGAGGGGAUAAUAAGUGAAUUCACACCUUUACCAAGGGAGAUUUCACAUAAAUGGAAUCCUAAACAAAUAGGAGAACACCUUCUAUUGAAAUCCCUAACUUACAUAGUGGCGAUGCCUUUUUAUUCAGCAAGUCUAAUUGAAACAGUACAGAGUGAGAUAAUCCGAGACGGUGCGGGGAUUCUGGAGUGUGUGAAGGAGGGAAUUGGCAGAGUGAUCGGCCUGGGCGUGCCUCACAGCAAGCGCCUGCUGCCGCUCCUGUCCUUGGUCUUCCCCACGGUGCUGCAUGGGGUUCUCCAUUACGUCAUCAGCUCGGUCGUCCAGAAGGUCGUCCUGCUCGUCCUGAAGAGAAAGGCCUAUGACAGCCACCUUGCCGAGAGCGCCAGCCCGGUGCAGAGCAUGCUGGAUGCCUACUUUCCAGAGCUCAUCGCCAACUUCGUGGCCAGCCUCUGCUCUGAUGUCACGCUCUACCCGCUGGAGACGGUUCUGCACCGCCUGCACGUGCAGGGAACACGCACGAUCAUCGACAACACAGACCUGGGCUACGAGGUGCUUCCGAUUAACACGCAGUACGAGGGCAUGAGAGACUGCGUCAGCACCAUACGGCAGGAGGAGGGCGCGCUCGGCUUCUACAAGGGGUUCGGUGCUGUGGUCGUCCAGUACACGCUGCACGCGGCCGUGCUGCAGAUUACCAAGAUCAUUUACUCCACGCUUCUUCAGAACAGUGCUUGAGACUCAGAGCCCUGGUUAGUCUGAAACACGUCCUCGGGAAACUUUAUUAUGAAAUUAUGAAGGACAAAAGUGAAAAACGGGGGGUUCAAAAUGGAUAAGAGCUGAAACUGGCAGGUACAGCCCACGAUGAUUAUAUUGACUCUCCACUUUUUAAAAAAGGCAUAGAUACAUAUUUUGGAUUCAGAGUAUUCCAAAUUUGUAAACUCAGUGAAAACACUUGUAUGAAUUAAAUUCUAGCUAGGAUAGCACUAAUGCCGAACUAAAAGGAAUCUUGGGAAGAAGCAAAUAUUUGUCAGCAAACUGAAAACCAAAUUUCAGAGCUGAAUUUAUUUCAUCUGACUUUAAUAUUUAUUACACGUUUAUUUCACCUUAUGGAUUGAUAUUGGUAUGUUAUUCUUAACACAGCGUAUAGUAGCAGGAGGUCAUAGUUUACCUUUAAGCAAAUUAUGUUGUCAGUGAUAAAGACAAGAAGGAUUCGAUUUGGCAGUCUGUAAACAGAAGCUGAGAGUUAAAUCACACUGUCCCUGUAGAACGUCAGUGGCCGUUCAUUUACUAUUAUGACGCCAUUUGUAUGCAUGCACAUAACUUGGAAUUUCCUUCAUCCCUACAUGUUUUCCACUCUUAGAUCAGCUUACUGUGAAAAUGAAGUUAGGUGCUUUCUGCUUGAACAUCAGGACAAAGUGUUAAAAGCCAAGGUACCCAGAAGAUUAAAGGCAGACAGCGUGCUUGUCCGUGUCAAACCCACCGCUUCAGUGCCAUCUACUUACACGUUUAUAAAGUUAGAGUUGCUUACUGAGUUUUAUGAAUCAUCAGACUGUUUUUAGAGCCACUGUUAUUAACAGAAACAGAAAAUAAUCAUGACGACGAUUCCUAUUUCCACAUUUACAAAUUGUGUACUAAAGGGAAUGUCACUUGCCUUUCAUUUCUGAAUGACCUGUCUUAGAGAAGUCACAAUUAAAAUUUACCCGAGAAUUUGUGCCUCAUGCCUUUCAUAGAGUCAUCAUUAAAUAAUGGAUUUAAUUUUUAUUUUCUUCUAGUUUUUGUUCAUAGUUGUAUUCUCCAAACUAGAUAUACAUAAAGGGAAAUGCAGAUUUAUCACCCUUUAUUGAAACUUGUUUGGAUGAAUACUGAUGAAAAAGAGAAACUUUAAAGGAAGUUUUUCCUUGCUUUUUAUGGGUGAGGAAAAGAAUUUCAACAAAUAAUAAGCAAAAAUGUUGGUAAUCAGUUUAAUAAAAAAAAUUCUGUCUGUUCCUAAAUUGAAUUUGGUGGGUGAGGCUCUUUGUAUAGUGAAAUAAUGUGCAUUUGAUUGAUCCAUUUAGCAAGCGGGAGUAUGGUGACUGCACUGAUGUUGUCCAACCUAGAAUGCAUACCAGCUGAGGUCUAUUUUACUUACGGAAUGUCAGUGAAAUGGUUACAUUUUGUGAUUAAUAAUGUUGAAACCAAAAGAUGAUAUCCAAAAAGUAUCAAGCAGUAUAUAUGUGGCAGAUCUCUCAACUAUCAUGUGAAUGUGUUUUGUAUUUUUUUUUGAUGACUAAAGCACACAGGUUUUCCAUUUUCCUGUUCCACCAAGAGGGGGGAAAUAAAAUUAAACAUAAGUUAUAUACUUUGAGAUAAUGAUUUGUCUAAUUUGCAGCAUAUAAAUUGUUUUCAUUGCUGUUGAAUUACUAAGUAAAUUUUUAGAUGUUUAUAAUAUGUCCAACUUCUGAAAACCUUUCAUUUUUAUUAUAAUCAAAGAUGGUUUCAGAAAAGAGUAAACUUCUGAAAAUUAUAGGUUUUAGAAAAUUUAUAGAAAAGAAUCUGAAUGGAAUCAAGUAUCUACUAGUGAAAAUCUAGGAUCCUUUAUCUACCUAAAAACUAGAUAGUUCAAGAUUAUUUUACGGAUGUUAUCAUGAUUCAGUUAUAUAGUACUGUCUCAUUAUGGAAUCAUUAUAAGACUGAUAGGCUGAACCACACACAGUAGGUUGGUCUUAUUUUCUCUUUGGAGAAAGAGUACAACUUUAUAUUAAAACUAAAGUUGAAAUGUGGCAAGUAAAAUACUUUUUAAAAUUUUUUAUUACCAUUCCAAAUUAGUUGAAAUAUAAAAAGAAAUCUUUAAAAUUGAAGCACUUAAAUGUUGGUCAAAUAUGUUUAGCUGAAUUUAGAAAGGGAUAAGCAAAGUAAACAUUAGACAUGCUCUUGCCUUUUUAAAGAUUGCUCUGUUUCUUUAGGUGCCAAAGUCAAAUACCCAUAGGCUAUGGUUCUUAAUAUGAUAACACCUGAGGAUACCAUUUUUAAUUCAGUGUGAUUAAUAGUAUCAUGAGUAAUAUUCUGUUAAAAAUAUUUCACAGUCCCAAUGGUCCCCUUACAUAAGCUAGGUUUCGCUGUGGAGCUGAAGUGUGAUACACUUGCCUUACGUUGUUGGGUUUCUUAAGUCGUAUAGUCUGAAAGCCAUGGAAUUAAAAACAAACAUCUGGUUCAUAUUACUUAACUGUGUUAAGUGAGCUUAUGAACCAGUUUACUAAAUCUGUUUCUAAAUCUCUUUCCUUUGAGGGACUCUAAGGUUUCUUGUGAAAUAAUCUCCAGGUGUAAAUAAUGUAAGUCUUUAAACUCCAGCACUAGAUGUUAUGAGUCAAAACAAACUAAUUCCAAAAUGACUAUGGACUGUGGGGUUUGAUAGUAUUUUCAGAAAUAAAACUGAGAGGCAAGAGGUCUUGCUCAUUUUUGCAAGGUAUGCUCGCCUGUUCACAGCUGUCUUUUCAGCACUGGGCUUGUUAAAACCGCACAAAACAUUCGCUUAACUGACUGGGUACAGAUACUUCAGUCUUUCCAUGUAUUCAUACAUCUGCUCAGGAAACAACACACUGCUUGGAUAUUUGUUUUUUCAACUGACAUUGUGGAGGACAUUUGCCCUUAGUUUGCUUUCCAGAUCUUAUGGGGAAAAAGUGAAUAAUCUGCCAGCUCUUGGAAAGAUAGGUUUUAAUUCGUUAUUUUCAGUAAUACAUAUGGAAAUAAAAUCCCAUUGGUAACAACUCACAUUGCACUAGAGUUUAAGUGAUACUUAACGUCGGCAUUUCUGGUUUCUCUCCUGCAAGUAGUUGCACAUUUCUCUCCUUUUCUCUCUCCUAUAAACUGGAUAUGUAAUGCCUUUCUUUUGAGUGACUGAGUAUCAUUGAUAUGCUUCCAAGUUGUAUAAUUGAGUAACAAAAACUUGUGAUUUGACAAUGAAUCUUACGCAGUAUACCUCAGCUAGAAGAGGUAUUUGGUCUGUGUGUUUUUUUCUUUUUUAAAGUUGUUUUUGUCUCACUGGUAUUUUAAAUGUUUUCAGCAAAUUGUGUAAUAUGAAAAGGUUAAAUAAAACGUUGAAAUAAAAUA